AUGGCAAUGGCGUUGCAGCAUAGCGCAGUUGAUUGGGCGUAUAACGUACAGCGAACAGAUAGUUCAGGUCUAGGUACGCGCAAUGGAACGUUCUGGCCGCGAGGCCGCACCCUUGGAGGUUCUGGUGCAAUUAAUUCGAUGGUGUACAUACGAGGCAAUCGUCGGGAUUACGAACGCUGGAGAAGCCUGGGUAAUCCCGAGUGGGGCUGGGAAGACGUUUUGCCGUAUUUUCGAAAGUCUGAAAAUAUGAACACACCCAGUCUGGCAGGCGGUGCCGGUGCUAAGUAUCACCGAACGGGAGGAUACUUGAACGUGGAGCAGCGUAUCGAUAACAGAACACUGAACGCCAUUAUCAAACAAGCUGCAGUCGAGCUAGGAUACGAAUGGAUUGCAGAUUUUAAUCUUGACCGGCACGUUGGCUAUGGCAGUUCUCAGCAUACGGUUAUCGGACCGACACGAUGCAGCCCGGCAAAGGCGUUCCUCACACCGAUUCGAAACCGCGAAAACUUACACGUCAUCAAGCACGCGCUGGUUGAUCGGGUGCUGAUAGAUGAACGCAAUGUCGCCACGGGGGUGAGCUUCGUUAUUGAAGGAAGCCAGCGUGUGCAGCAGGUGACCGCACGCCGAGAAGUGAUUGUAGCAGCAGGUGCCAUCAACACCCCACAGCUAUUGAUGCUGUCUGGGGUUGGACGUGCGGACGAGCUGCAGCAGUUCGGUAUACCGGUCAAAGUCGACCUGAACGUUGGAGGCAAUCUGCAGGACCAUGUGGCGGUACCGUUGGUCUUUAAAUUUUAUAACCUGCCCGAUUCAACUACUGAUGAACAGUUUGCGCAGAUUAAUGAGCUCUACAACUAUGCUGUUCUAAAUCAAAGCCAGGCCAUCGCCCGAACUGGGUUUCUAGAUACUAUGGCGUUCCUCAAUACGAAAAAUGCCAGCGAUCCUUUUCCGGACCUACAGGUGUUCUACAUAGGUCUUCCGAAGGGCGGUCGAUAUAGCGCGACUCUCGCAAACAACCACGAGCUCAGUGAAACUAUAAGCGCAUCGGUUCAAGAAGCGGACCGUUUAACACCAGCGGUUUAUGUGCACAUUACGGCACUCAAUCCGAAGUCACGCGGUCGGGUGAAGUUGGCGAGCACUCAGCCGCGCGAUCAUCCCAUGAUAGAGGCAAAUUACUUCGAAAAUAGCGACGAUCUGCACGUAAUGGUACAGGGCAUUCGUCUCCAGCAACGAUUGUUUCAAACUAAAGCGUUCAGGAUGGCAGGUGCCACCCUUCACCGCAUCGAUAUCCCGGGCUGUAGAGAUCAAGUGUAUGACACGGACGACUACUGGGAGUGCUAUGUGCGACAGUUGACCAUCACAACCUACCAUCCGGCUGGCACGGCAAAAAUGGGUCCGGCUACUGAUCAGGACGCGGUUGUUGACUCGAGACUACGCGUCAGAGGCAUUCGCGGUUUGCGAGUGAUCGAUGCCAGCAUUAUGCCACUGGUGAUCAGUGGCAAUACGAAUGCCCCUACUAUGAUGAUAGCGGAACUGGGAUCUGAUUUCAUCAAACAUGAUCACGCUGAUCUUUGA